AUGUGGAAGAAGUCAAAGGUCACAGACCAGACGGCCACUGGCCAAGGAGCUGGCAUCAAGAAGAGGUCCAAGGUCCCUGGGGUCAUGAUCACGCAGUUUAUAGAGGUUCUACCGGAGGGCAAGAGCACCCCAGACUUCCUUCGCAAACCCAUCGCUCUAACCAUUCAAGAGGGUAAAUUAGCAAUUUUCAAAGCCAAUGUGUGUGGGGAUCCCAAACCAGAGGUGACUUGGGGAAGAGCUAAGGGGGAUAUGUCAGACACAGAAAAAUUUCUAAAGAAAUAUGAUGAAGCUACUGGUGAAUACACUUUAGAGAUUCACAGAGUGUCUGGAGAGGAGGCAGACACUUACAAAUGCUAUGCUAUCAAUGAAUAUGGCAAGGCUAUUUGCACUGCAGCAUUGAAUGUGAUUGAGGUUGGAUUCAAGAAGAAGAAGGCCAUGGAGCAGUUAGAAGACAUAGGUUCAGUAGAUCCAGCAGAGUUCAGGAAAUUGCUCAGAAAAAGGAAGGGUGUGGACAAACAGGAAGCUGUGAAAGAACCUGGAGAAAUCGAUGAAAGGUUCUGGGAAAUCAUCAUGAGUGCAGACAGGAAGGACUAUGAACGAAUCUGCGCUGAGUUUGGUGUCAAAGACUUCCGUGUGAUGCUGAAGAAACUCAGUGAGAAGAAAAAGGAGAGACAGGAGGAACAGGCUAAGUAUAUUGAGACCAUCAAUAACCUGAAACAUAUUGAUAUUAAAGGAGUAGGCAUUGCUUCGUUUGAGUUUGACCUUGAGCUCAAAGACCCCGCCAGUAGGAUUUUCCUCUACAAGGAUGGUGUAAUGAUUCCCUAUAGUGAUGAAGAAGAAAUGAAACACAGCUUAAAGACUGUUGGGAAGAAGUUAAUCUUCAGUGUGCGGGACCUUAAGGCAGAGGAUGCUGGGCUCUAUCAGGUGGAUGUUGAGGAGGUCAAUCUCUUCUCUACAGACUUCAAGAUUCCCACAGUGGAUUUCAUUGUCAAGAUCCAGGAGGUGAAGGCCAAAGAGAGAGAGGAUGCUAUGUUUGAGUGUGUCCUGUCACAUCCCUGGCCCAGAAUCAAAUGGAUGGGCAAGAAUGCCACUCUGGAGGAGGGAGAGAAAUACACUAUAACUGUGUCAGAAGACAAGCUGAUCCACAGACUGCUAAUAAAGGACUGUAGCCAGCUGGACAAGGGCAUCUACUCUGCUGCGGCAGGAAUCAAGACAUGCAGUGCCUGGCUGAUAGUGGAAGCUGACAGCGACCCUGCUUCCCAUGGUAAAAAGAAGACCCGUAAAACAACCCAGGCUGGUGGAACAGGGUUGGAUCUGGGGAAACUGGCUCAAGAGCAGCAGGAAAAACUGGCGAAGGAAAGGCAGGAGCAGAUCAACGCUGCAAACAAGGCCAGAGCGGAGGAGGAGAGGCUUGCCCGAGAGGCACUCCUGGCUCCCCCUCCUCCUGAUACUGGGCAUGGAGACAGUGGGGAAGGCAAAGACACCAGAGAUGGGAAAAACAAGUCUAAAAGUGGAUCAAACAAAUCCAAAGAUGGUGGCAAAUCAGUUGGCGAGUCAAUUGGCAAAUCAUUUGGCAAAUCAGUUGGCGAAAUGAAAGACUCUGAAAAGGAAGGAGAUGACAAGAAGAACAAUAAAUCCACUGAUGAUUCUGACAAAGGCAAAGGAACAUCAAAUUAUGAUAUUGACCUAAACGCAAACGGGGAAGGCGAUGGAGACAGUAAGGAACGUAAGGGCCAUACUGUUCCACUUAUACCAGACACAGUCAUUGAAUGUAAAAUCAAAGAUGCUGAGAAGGAAAGAGAUGAUAAGUACAAGAAAUCCACUGAUGAUUCGGACAAAGGCAAAGGAACAUCAAACGAUGGCAUUGACCCAAAUGCAAACGGGGAAGGCGAUGGAGACAGUAAGGAACGUAAGGGCCAUACUGGUCCACUUAUACCAGACACAGUCAUUGAUCCAGGAGUUCAGUUCGUAAGCGGGUUGUCAAAUGUCCAUGCCCUCAUUGGCCAGCCUGCUGAACUGAUGUGUAAGCUGAGCAGUGAUGAUUGUGAAGGGGCCUGGUACAGAGAUAGCAAGAAGUUGACAGCAGAUGAUGGACACAUAAUGUCCAGAGAUGGUGCAAGCCACAAGCUGGUCAUCAACCGUUGUCAGGAGGAAGACUCUGGAAAAUACCGCUUUGAGGCAGACGGGCGUAAAACUGAGGCAAUGCUGAAUGUGGAAGACCCUCCCAGGUUUGACCCUGAUGAUCUGUCUGCGUUCUCUCAGCCGGUCAUAGUCAAAGUGGGGAAUAGCGCCACGUUCAAACUGCCCUUUGUGGGCCGCGAGCCCAUGAAGAUCCAGUGGUACAGAAAAGGAGAGGAGCUCCUGGACGAUAACACCACCAAGAUAGAGAAGUCCUUCACCCAAAGCCGCCUGCUCCUCAGCAAGUGCCAGCGCAAAGACACUGGAGAGAUCAAGAUCAAGCUCAAGAACGAACAUGGUACCAUGGAGGCUAUCUCAAGACUCAUCGUCCUCGACAAACCCACCGCGCCCCAGGGCCCUGUGGAGGUCCUCGAGAGCACAGCCUCUUGUAUUCAUAUCAAAUGGAGAGAUCCAAAGGAUGACGGUGGCUGCCCAGUAAUAAACUACAACCUAGAGCGCCAGCAAGUUGGCCGCAACACUUGGAAGAAGCUGGGGGACAUCCCUGGCGUCCCCGAAUACAAGGAUAACGACGUGGAACACGGCAGGAAGUAUUGCUAUCGUAUCAGGGUGGUCACCGAGGAGGGCGUCAGUGAGAUGAUGGAGACUGAUGACCUCACAGCUGGCACCUUGGCCUUUCCUAGCAGCCCUGCCCCACCAAAAGUGGCUAGUGCUUUUAACAACUGCAUCAACCUGACAUGGUCUCCCCCGACCGACACUGGCGAGUCUCGCAUCCUGGGCUACAACUUGGAAAAACGCAAGAAGGGGAGUAAUCUGUGGAGUCCCGUCAACCCUACAGAUGAGCCUAUCCAAGAAAAGAAACGUGCAGUGACAGAUGUUGUAGCAGGGAACGAAUACGAGUUCAGAGUUUAUGCUAUCAACGUCUCUGGACUCAGCGAGCCCAGUUCCCCUUCAGAGUUUAUUUUCGCAAAAGACCCAAAGAUGAGACCAUGCUUCACCGAUAAUAAGAUGAAGAGUUUCAUGGUGGUGAGAGCUGGAAAUUCUGUCAGGAUCCUCUUAAACUUUGAGGCAUCCCCAUGGCCAGAAGUCACGUGGCUGAAGGACGAUGUUCCUUUGCUGAAGCGGGUCAAUAUCUCCAACUCUGAAUCGUCAUCUCAACUUCUGAUCACUUCCUCUGAGCGCUCUGAUUCAGGGAUCUACACCAUAGUGGUCAAAAAUCUAGUGGGCCAGGAGAGCUUCAGUGUGGAGGUCAGGGUUACAGAUGAUCCCAAGCCUCCAGGACCAGUAGAACUUGAGGAGAACGUCCCAGGCACUGUGACUGUGAUUUGGGAGCCAUCCCCUGAUGAGAAGCGUGACGACCACCUUCACUACUCUGUGUCUAAACGGGACUCCACCAAAGGCUCAUGGAGCAUGGUGGCCGACAGGCUCUUCAACAACAAGUUCACGGCUUGUAACAUUAUGCUUGGCAGGGAGUACCACUUCAGGGUCUACGCCAAGAAUGACAUGGGCAUGUCUGCUCCGUCUGAGUCUCCCACUUGGGGAAGCGAGAGGAGGAAAGACAAAUUUGUGGUAAACAUGCCAGCCUACAAAACGUGUGAUUUGCGGACCGCUCCAGCCUUCCUUGUGCCACUGAGACAGCACACAGCACCCAAAGGCUAUGAGUGCUAUAUGAGCUGUGCCAUAAAGGGAAAUCCCAAGCCUCGCGUCACUUGGUACCGCAACAACAUCAGCCUCAACACUAACACCAACUACUUGAUCACCAACAUCUGUGGUGUCUGCUCCUUGCUGAUACUCCGUGUGACCCCCAAAGACUGGGGCGAGUACAACAUCCAAAUAGAAAGUGCUGGGGAGGGCCGAGUCCUCCACCAAACUUACAGUCAGAGGUGA